AUGGCGGAAGCGAGUCUGUUCUGUGCGGUUAUCGGGGUAGAGCGUGUGUUUCUAGUCGAUAUCGCCCAGAGCAAGACAGUGGGGAAUUUGAAGAUCGCGAUCAAGGAUCAGAAGAUAGGUGUCUUGGGCGAAGUCGAUGCCGAGAGGCUACAACUUUUCUGGUCUGGCACAACAGCAAGUGGCUGGCAACCGAUUCUGACAAUGUCAAGCAGCAAAGAGCUAGUUGAGUCGGCUGAUCUUGAUAACGUGCUGGAGGGCAAGGGUCCUUUGACAUCCAAGCAAUUCCACGUUCUUAUGAAGAUUGUGCCACAAACCAAGCUCAAACGACAAAGGAAUGGAGGAAGACGGUGA